AUGCCGCGUUUGAACGGCAUCAACUCCAAGGCGCUGGAGGCCAAGCAGCGGAAGAAGGAGCAGCGCGAGGCGAUCGAGCGUAAAAAGGAGGCCGAGGCGCUUGACAAAUACUGGGAAGACAAUGAUAAGCUAGUACAGGCAAAACAGGAGCGCAAGCUGGAGGCCCAGCGCCGGCAGCAGGAACGCCUGCAGCGCAAGCAGGAGUUGCGGCAGUUGCUGGAGAAGGAGGACUCAGAGCUUGUGUCAAACAAGACAUGUGCAAAGGGUGCGGCGGUUACUAAGGUUACCCGCGCCGAAAUCCUUCGUAUGCAAGCACUUCAAGCCGAAGCGCGCGCAAAGGAGGCAGCAAGUCGCGAGGAGAAUCCAUACUGCGAUGUGACCCUGGGCAACAUGAAUCACGAGAAUAUGCGAGAACGCAUGAUGCUCGAGGAACAGAAUAUCGACCUCGUGAAGGCAUCCGGUCUGGACGAGGUGUUGGACGCGCUUGCGAUCGGUCCCAAGGUGGAUGCGAACGCGGAGAAACGAGUGAAGGCGGCUUACGACGCGUUCGAGGAACGCAAGAUGGCAGAGCUGAAGGUGGAGUAUCCGAACCUGAAGUUCUCGCAGUACAAGGACAUGAUAUUCAAAGCCUGGAAAAAGUCGCCCGAGAAUCCUAUGGUGGCACGCAGGCUUUAG